GAUUAUAAAUCAGGAAAGCAUUAGUUUGAUAAUACAAAAAUUAUUGAUGUGAGUGAGUCAGUAAUUUUGCAUUCUCUGUCGAUUUGAAUCACAAUUUGUUGUUUACGUUCACAUAUUAUUGAUCAGCCCAUAUGAAAAGGGGGUUAUUAACGACUUGUUAUGACGUAAUCCUUUCCACCUUAUUGGUGAAGCAAAAACAUAAGUAAUUGUGAUGACAACUCACUAUUUCAUACUUCCUACUGCAUUAAUAAGUCAACACUUGGUUGAGUUUAAAGACUAAUUCUAAUAACUGUGUCAGUGUCAGUCGGGAGAAAAUUAAAUAAUAAUAAUGGAAAGGCGUCCGAAGAAUAUGUCUGGUCAAGACGAAAGUGAAUUGAGAGAAAAGCAAUCACUAGACGACUUCUUAUUAAUUUCUAGUACACCACAAUCAAAUAGAAACCAAGCGAAUAGGAAAUACUUCAACGAAAGCUACACAACGAUAAAUAUCACGAAUGAAUCAAGCAUAGACAGAAAUUUUUCUGAAUCACGAAGUAAUGAAUCAAAUUCGAAUGUGGAUAAACUACAUAAUAUUGAUCAGUUAUUUAAUCGAAUUAUCUCUGCAAAACAUCGUAAGAAUGCUAUCCUAGAAAUAUGCAAAUGUAUUAAUAAUGAUAAUAAUAAUGUCUUGAAUGUGGGGUAUUUUAUUUUCAAACGUCCAAGUGUGGCGGCUGCACUUCUUCAUGAAAUUUGGGAACACUAUCAAUAUGACAAAAGUGUCCCACUUUCGCCAACAUCAUUCGAGAUUAUCGGCUCAAUAAUUGUUAUAUUUCAACAAGUUAUAAUACACGGUGAAUAUCGUUAUGAUUUAUUUAAUAGCCGACUUCUGACGUACUUACUUCCAUACUUCAAUGUUAAUGGUCAAGCGUCAGACGUGGAACAUUUACGUGUUAGCCUGUUAGGCUUAUAUGCUACAAUGUCGAGUAAAUUUACUCUUGAUGAUAUGGAAGACUUUUUUUCAUCUUCAUAUGGUCAACAUCCGCAUGAUACUAACAAUGAAGAAGGCGUAACGAAUCGAAUUGAUAUCAGUGAUAAUUUCUCGUUAGAAGACUUAUUCACACAUACAUUGAACGGUUUAUCACAAGGUACAAGCGAGAUGUGCAAACAUAUGGCUCUUAUCCUGCUAUCACGUUUGUUAGGACUGCAACAACAAAGAGCACGUUUACACACUAAUGAUAGUCUGUUUAAUCAAGUAAUAUCAAAUCUUACACACAUCACGGGAUAUAUUUCACGAAGAAUAACGCCUGAAGUUCAAAGGAAAUCUAUGAGAGAAAUUCGUCUAUUGAAUGGAAGUGAACAAACAAUUUUUAUACAAACUAAAAAAUUACUCCAAUUCGUAAUAGAUUGUUUCAAUCAACUGAUCACUGAUCAAGUAUUAUGUCACAAAUCAAGGGGUUUACUACCGGCGGAAUUACGUUCGAAUCAUUUUGUAGAACUUUUCUUACAAGAUCAAGAUGUUCAAGCAUGGCUUGAGACACUCUGGCGACUUUUACGUUGA